CUUUCCUCGACCUUAUUUUAAUAACAAAGAAGCGCCUCCGAGAGACAGCUUAUUGCAUAGACCGUGACUUGAUCAUCUCCAAGUUGUCUUGAAAAUCCUUUUAUGAUCCACAGACAUAUAUACAGAAGAGUUAGACAUCGAGAGAAACCGAAUUUCGUUGUUGCAAUACAGGACUCGAAGCUUGUUCCUCAAAUUUCUCCUGUAAAACCAUAUAUACAUAUUGUGGCCUGCAAUUCUAAAAAGCCUUCGUCUUUCUCCUGUUACUCGAGGCUGUGUUGUUGUUCUUCUUCUUGGAGGCAUAGAUUUUCUCUAUGGGAGAAGCUCCAGCUUUUCUGGUGGAUCAUCUAGAGAACGGACACUCUUCUGGCGUCGAUGUAAACUCCGAAUCUAAGAACACUGAGAUAUCAGUUGAUAUCGGCGAUCGAACAUUUGUGAUUGGUGGAAAUCAUGAAAGGAACAAUUUUUCCAUUGAGGUUCAGAUUCAUGACAAGAAAAGUAACAACCGGUUUAGUCCUAUUGUGCUUGGGACAGGUCCUAAGCCGAGCAAAAGUUACUCCGCUUUUGUUCUUAAACAAGGUCGGAUUUUGGUUAUUAAGAAAGGUUCACCUUUUAAUGACUCCAUCUGGUUCCUUGAGGUAGAUAGUCCUUAUGUGCGGGAACAGAGGAAAUUACUAGGGAAAGAAGUUGUUGCUUGGAGUAAAGGCGUAAAAGGCAAUGCCGAGAAACCAAUUGUUAUAAGCGGUCCAUCUGGAGUUGGAAAAGGAACGCUAAUAUCGAUGCUUAUGAAGGAGUUUCCUUCAAUGUUUGGCUUCUCAGUGAGCCACACAACUCGAUCUCCGAGGUCUAUGGAGAGAAACGGUGUUCAUUAUCACUUUGCUGAUAAGAGUGUCAUGGAGAAAGAAAUUAAAGAUGGAAAGUUUCUUGAGUUUGCUUCUGUUCAUGGCAAUCUUUACGGAACCAGCAUUGAGUCCGUUGAGGUGGUAACAGAUUCAGGAAAGAGAUGUAUUCUUGACAUUGAUGUUCAAGGAGCAAGGUCUGUGAGAGCGAGUUCUCUUGAUGCCAUAUUCAUAUUCGUGUGUCCUCCUUCAAUGAAAGAGCUUGAAAAUCGGCUCCGUGCUCGAGGAACCGAGACAGAGGAGCAAAUUCAAAAGCGGCUUAGAAAUGCUGAGGCAGAGAUCAAAGAAGGACAAUCCUCGGGUAUAUUCGGUCUUAUUCUGUAUAAUGACAACCUUGAAGAAUGCUACAAGAAGCUCAAGACACUCUUGGGGUUAGACGGAGUCGCUCCUGUCAAUGGUGUAGUAGAAAUACAAGGGAUCGAUCUUCCCAACGAGCACAGGGUAUCAAAAAUGGAAGAAAAGAUCAUUGUUCAAGAAGCAGGAGAGGCACAACGGAACAAAUUCGUAUUGGAUUUAUCAUCACUGAAUGGAGGAGCACCGGGAAGAACAAGGGGAAUCCUUGUGGACGCCAUUGGUUUAUAAGCUGGCAAAAGAGAGCGCCUUCUUUCAUUACAAGGCUUAACGGAAAACCUGUUCUUUCAUUCAUUUCAUAGCCGUUUCUCCUUCGAUUUUAAAAUAUCAAAGUAGAGUGACUUAUAUUCAAAGUGUUAGGAUACUGAUGAUGAUGAUAUUGAUUUUGUUCGUUGUAAUUUUGAAAGAGUUACUACAUUGAAAGU